AUGGAAGCGCAGACGUUGGGAGACUACGUCGGGGACGUCAAGGCGCUCUGCGUGUGUGCGGUCGGCCACGGCGGUCGGCAGUGGCGCGUGCUCGCGGCAGGCAUCGGGUCACACGUGAGGCUGUACGACCUCGACUCCGGAGACCUCCUCGUGGCAUUGCGCGCUCUCCCCGCUGCGCGGCACGUGCACGGCAUCGCGCAGCUGGCCCCGCCCGCCGGCGCGCCGCCCGCGGACACGCCGACCAUCGACCUCCUCGUCUGCGGGGACCGCUGCGUGUCCGUGACGCGCGCGACCCCCGCCGCCAGCCCCGAACAGAGCCCGCGCGACGCGCCCGCGCUCCCGGCGUGGGCCGCGAAGGAGCUCGUGGGCCUCCCGCGGCGCCCGACGUGGGUGCUGGAUGCGCGGCCGGGCGCGGAGCGCGGCGGGUGCCGCUCCGCGUGGGUCGGCCUCAUCGACAACAGCGUGGAGCUGUGGACGCUCGGGGGCGGCGGUGGCGGGGCGCCGCGGCUGGAGCGGCGCGUGGCGUGCGCGUUCUCGGCGCUGCUGUACUCGAUGGCCCUCGCGCCGGGGCGGUCCGGCGACGUGCGUGUCGCCGCGGGCACGAUCAUGAAUGACAUCGUGGUGUGGGAGGCGGGGUGCUCGGAGGGGGGGGGUUCGCGGAGGACGGCGCGGUCGCGCCGGAGAGGGUCCCCGCUCUGCUGCACCUGGCCGGGUGUGGCGGGCGCGGCGUCGCGGACGGCUCGCAAGGUGCUCCGCGGGCACAAGGCCAGGCUGUGGGACGCGGCGUUCCUGUCGGACGACGUGGUCGCCACGGCGAGCGAGGACCGGACGGUGCGGCUGUGGAGGAUCGACGGCGAGGGCGAGGACGGCCGCGAGGUCGAACGGAUCCACGCGCACUCGGGCCGCGGGGUGUGGACGUGCGCGUACGCCGGCGGCGGCGUGCUGGUGACGGGCGGCGCUGACUCAGGGAUCCUGACGUGGCACACGAGGCCCGAGUCGGCCCGGGAGGCCGACGCGGCGUCCGAGUGCGUCAUGAUCGAGAUGCCGGCCGCCACGCGCGGCACGAAUCCGGGCGCAGGGAAAGCGAACAAGACGACUCCCGCACGCGCGGUCGCACUGGCCUCUCCGAAGGUGGCCUACGUCGCGACGAGCGUCGGAUCGCUCUGGAUGGUCGCGCUGAGCGCGGCGGACGCGGCGGCCGAGGGGACCUGGAAGGCGCUGGCGUCCGCUGCCGGGGGCCGCCCCCUGACCUCGGUCGCAGCACUGCACCUCCAGGCGGGCGAGCUGGUCGCUGCAGGGGACGCGUUCGGAGGGCUGUACGUCGCGCACGUGCGCGACGAGCACUGGCGGGCGGAGGGCGAGGUCGGGUGGGCGUGGCAGAUGCGCGCGGCGGACCGCGAUGACGCCUCGCGAGCGACGCAGCUGCAGUUUCCGCCGUCGCUCGCGGGGAGGUGUUUGCUCAGCAUGCACGUCAGCGGCGAGCUGCGCAUCUGGGGGCUGGGCAGCGCCUCGGACGCUGGAGCGGAGCUCGUGCCGCUAGCGGUUGUGUUGUGCAGCGGCACGGCGCGAUACGUGAGUGCGGACGUGUGCGUGGACCGGAGGCUCCUGGCGCUCGGUGACACGCAGGGAAACGUACGUGUGUGCAUGCUGCCGGACGCGACGGCCGCCGCGAUGCGGGACGGCGCAGUCACGGGAUGCGGCGGCGGCGGCGCCUUGCCGCCGCCCCCAUCGCUGCCUGCGUCGGCGCGGGCGACCGUGGCGCACGCGAGGGGCGCUGUCCUGACCGUCGCAGUCCAGCGCGACCGCAUCUACUCCGCGGGGCGCGACGGCCUGCUGCACGAGCACAUGCCGACACGCAGCAACGACGGCACAACGAGCCUCGAGACCGCGGCCUCGCACCGCAUCGGCCCGCUGACGGCGGUCUACGCAUGCGCGGGGGAUCCGCUCCGGUCCGUCGCGGGCUUCGCGGGCGAGCAGCUCGUCGUGUGGGACCUCCUACACCGUCGUCAGGCCGUGCGCAUUUUCGGGGGCAGUCACGCGCGGCCGCACGCGCUGCUGCUCGAGCCCGACCAGCACGCAACGCUCGUAGCCUCGGAGGGCGGCGGCAUGCUGUCGGUGCGGCGCGCGGGCGGGGCGUCGUCCGUAACAACCGCAGGGCUCGCACUGCAACCAACCUUUCAUGGCAAGGAGGUCAAUAGCGCCCUGGCGCUGCCGUCUCCGGGGCCCGCGGGGUCGUUCGUGGCCGUGACGGUGGGCGAGGAGGGCGCGGUGCGGUGCACGCCGUGCCGGGCGCGCGUGGAGGGCCCGGCGCGGUGGCCUGCGUGUGGGUGCGGGUGCGGGGAGGAGCGGGAGCGCGGGUUCGCCGCUGGGGUCGAGGUGGCGAAACUAGGCGCGGGGGCGUCGGCUCGCGCGCUCGCGUGCGUGCGGGCGGGCGGCGGGACGCGCUGGACGGUGGUGGCGGGCGGCGGCAAGGGCGUCCUCGCGGCGCUUGAGCUCGACGUGCGGUGCGCGGCCGAGGGCGUCCGCCACCGGGUGCUGGCUACGCGGGACCCGCCGAAGCUCGGCGCGCGGCCGAAGUGGGAGCGCAUGGCGAGCGGGGUCGCGGCGCACGAGCAUCGUUACAUUGCGGCUGCGGUGUUUCAGUGCGAUCGGCGCGCGACGGUGGCGGUGAUGGCGUGCUCGGACACGUCGCUGACUGCGUUCGUGGUCGACGAGGCGCGCCGGACGUUCGUCGAGGUCGCGUCGCUGCACCACCACGCGUCGCCUGUGCUGGCGCUCGCACAGAUGAAGGUGGCCGGGCGGCAGCUCGUGGUCUCCGGGGACACCGCGGGCGCUGUCGCAGUGUGGGACCUGACGGACGCGGUCUCCGCGGGGGCUCCGCGCGACGAUGCGCCGGCCGCGGUGCGCCCUGCGUGCGUGUGCGCGGGGGUGCACCAGUCCGGCGUGAACGCAAUCGCGGCGUGCGGUGGUGCGUCGGCGGCGACGAUCGUCACGGGCGGCGACGACCAGGACCUCGCUCUGACGGCGCUCGUCGUCGGCGAGGACGGCCGGUGCGAGGGCGUGCGGGCCGCGGGCAGAGCCACGCUCGCGCACAGCUCCGCGCUACGGGGGGUGUGGACGGACGGGCGGCACGUCGCGAGCGUCGGGCUGGACCAAGCGCUCCGGUUCUGGCGGGUCGUCGGCGGCGCGGGUCCGCCAGGCGACGCGCGGGGGGGCGACUGGGGUUUGGAGGAGCUGAGCGCGGGGAUGGUCGACGUUCCUGAGCCGUCGUGUUUGGCGGUCGCGGAGGGGUGCGGCGCGCUCACGGACGACGAGGUAGUCGGCGUGGUGUGCGGGCGGGGCGCGCAGGUCGUCACCCUCCGCCCGCGCGUUCAAAACAACACAUAG